AUGCCUCGGCGGAGACGACCCCCUCGCGCCGGCGCCCUCUCCGAGCUCCAGCCGCUGAAGAUUGCCUCGCAGAUCGCCAUGCUCCAGGCCGCCUUCUACGUCGCCGCCAUCGUCCUCAUGAUCCUCACGGCCCUCGUCGCCGGCAUCUCCAUCAGCCCCGACUUGGUCUUUGGCUGGGAGACGAUCAGGGGCGACACCACCACCGGCUGGUUGCUCGCCUUCGUCUGGGUUCUCAACGGUGGCCUCUGCAUGACCGUCGCCCUCGUCAUCCUCAUCGGCCGUAGCAAGCUCGUGCCCGACUUUGCCCUCACCAUGCACUUUGUCCACCUUGCCUUGACGACGGUCUACUCGCGCUCUCUACCCCGGCACUCGAUGUGGUGGGCCACCAUGCUCGGCUCCUCGGCCCUCUCCGUCGCCCUCGGCAUUUGGGGGUGCCGCUACCGCGAGCUCCAGCCCGUCUUCUUCGGCGGCGGACGCAUCCUCGGAUCCGGCACGACGGCGGUGCCGACGUCGUCGACGAGCAUGGACAACGGCAACAAGGGCCAAAGCGGCGACGAGGAGGAUGACGCACUGCUCGACGGCGACGAGGAGAUGGCCUUUUCGCGGGGGAGGGGCCACAGACGCGCGAGGCGUAGCGUCGGCGAGUAUGAGAUGGUGCAGAUGAAGCAGGCAAAAGACUAG